GGCCCUUUAAGAGCCUCCUCCUCUCCUGUCAUUUUAGCUGAACAAGCCUCUUCUUCACUUGAAUAACACACACACACACACACACACACACACACACACACACACAUACACACACAUACACACACAUACACACACGAGAGAGAGAGAGAUCUGUGUACAGUAUGAGCUGUCUCAUCAUUCUCAGCCCUCUCUAAUCCAUCCCAUGACAUUUGGAUCAGAAACAAAGCAAUCUUUGGGGACAAAAGCCGCACUGGAUGCUGGAAAACACCAGAAUCAACCGCAGCAUCCAUGUUGAGGUGCAACAUCACCUUGAUGGAUUUUUAGGACAUUUCAUACGCCAUGGACGAAAGCAAAUCCAUUUAACCACAAGAGCAGAAGCCAUCCGAAUCAAAACCAGCCAGAUCGGCGCGUCUUCUCGGGUUUUUAAGGGUCUGACCAUCAAAAGCCAUCCAAGACGGACGGGGUCGUGGAGCAUCGAGGAAAAAACCGGGCCAACAGGGACAACAUGCCCAACAUGGAGAGGGGCAAACCAGCCACCUACACGGGCGAUAAAAAGGCAAAGAUGGCUGCGAAGACCAAUAAGAAGUGGGUCAGACUGGCCACCGUGUUUGCAUAUGUUUUAUCCGUGUCUCUCGCCGCGAUCAUACUGGCCAUCUAUUACAGCCUCAUAUGGAAACCCACCGGCGCGCAAUCUGGAAAACCAGUGUGUCCAGCCACCAACAGCACCACAAACAGCUCCGCAAACAUCAACGGGACAGAAACCAACGGCACACAGGCAGAACUGAUCAAUAACAACGCGACCGAGUCCAAUGCGUCAAGGAGAGCCAGAUCCCUCUCCAAAAGUGCGCACUCUGAAUCCACGGAUCCGUACAGAUACACACUCGCCCAGAACUCAGAUAGACAGACUGAUAUAAAAACACAUCCGACGUUUUCCAUCACAGAUAUACAUGAUGGAGAGCAGGAGGAUGAGAGCGCAACAUCUAUUGACGAGGAUUCUUCUCGAUUGCAACAACAGACUCGGUUUGUGUCUAAUGGAAAUAACCCGAAAAGAAAGAACUAAUCAAGACCUUCGGACUGUGAAUGUGUAUCAAAUAUGAACUGUGCGGGUCCAAUAAAAACAGGCCGAUGUCCGGAGCGCGCCGGAUGUUUGGACGCGGAUGGAGAGGCCGCACCUGGUGCAUGGAGGCUCCAAUAGUGUUCAGCCCUUCAAAAUGUUCAUAUAAAUUAACAUAUAAUCUCUCCUUUUUGUUUAGCCUUUAUCUGGCAUCCUUGGUGGACAUUUGCGGGGCUUUAACUUGAUAUUUUUGGAGCAUUUAUCUCCAUCACCUGACCGCAGGCCUGUUAUUGAAUAAGAAACAUUCAUAUAAAGACUGAUCAUUCUGCACAAUGCCUUUAUUAUUAUGUUGCAAACAGCCAUUUGCGGGGCUUGGGGUGGGUUGGGGGCAAGCUUUUCAGAUUAUGCCACUUAAAGCUUGCAUGCUUUUCAAACAAACCUGUAAAUCAUUUAAUCAGGAUUCUAUUGUUAGAGGAACCUGAGUCGAUGCUCAGGUAUGUGCAUAUAUCCAUGUAAAUGUAAUGUUUAGUAAUGUAUAUACAUGCCCUGGAUAUAAUAGAAACUUACUAGGUAAUUUUUACAACAAUAAAGCACCAUAGGUGUAGAAUACACCACCGUAAUGGUAAAUAAUAAACUCUCUUGUAAAACUAUACUGCAUAGAU